AUGUGCAGCCACGUCUGCAGGAGCCUGGGAAUCGUGUUGAAGGUCCGAGGCGGGUUGGGGAGUGGGGGCAGCAAACGCGCGGCGGCCGAGGAGAUCAACACCAAGGAAGUGGCGCAGCGCAUCACGGCGGAGCUGAAGCGCUACAGCAUCCCGCAGGCCAUCUUCGCGCAGCGCAUCCUGUGCCGCUCGCAGGGCACGCUCUCCGACCUGCUGCGCAACCCCAAGCCGUGGAGCAAGCUCAAGUCCGGCCGCGAGACCUUCCGCAGGAUGUGGAAGUGGCUGCAGGAGCCUGAGUUCCAGCGCAUGUCGGCGCUGCGCCUUGCAGCCUGCAAGCGCAAGGAGCAGGAGCAGCAGAAGGAGCGCGCGCUGCAGCCCAAGAAGCAGCGCCUGGUGUUCACCGACCUGCAGCGGCGCACGCUCAUCGCCAUCUUCAAGGAGAACAAGCGGCCGUCCAAGGAGAUGCAGGUCACCAUCUCGCAGCAGCUCGGCCUGGAGCUCAACACCGUCAGCAACUUCUUCAUGAACGCGCGGCGCCGCUGCAUGAACCGCUGGGCCGAGGAGCCCGGCACCUUGAAGAAGGGCACGCAGGGAAAGACGCAGGCCGGGAAACAAGGCGACGUCCAGGUUCUGCAGAGACGGGGACCGGGGCGCGCCCCUCCCGGCGUCGCCGUGCGGGGACCGUGCGGUCGCUGUCCGGCUGGAACCCGCUGGGACCCACCGCCCCACCUGCCGGCCCCCGCGGUGGCGCUGAGCUGGGGCUGA